AGGCCUGGGUGUCCAGCAAGGGGUUGGGGGUGGGGCGGCGCCCUCUGCGUCCCGGUGACUGCGCCUCCGCGCCGGGGCUCGCCGUGGCUCCCGGGAUGCGCGGAGGCGGCGGCGAUGGCGAUGAAGCCUCUAGCCCUGCAUUAUCCGGGGCGGCGGGCGGAGCGCGGGUCCAGGCUGCGAGAUGGAGGAGGAGGGGCGGCGCUGCGGCCACCCGGCAGGCUUUUCUGCCAUGGGCCUCUUUUGUCCCAUAUUGCUCAUCUGUGAGUUGAAGUCCUGACUCCCUUCCCACAGAAGGAAGUCUUUUCUCUCUGAAGAUGAACUCCACGGACCACCUUCAGGAUGCGCCCAAUGCCACCUUGUUCCAUGUGCCUCACUCCCAGGGAGGAAAUAGCACUUCUCUCCCGGACGAAAUCCAGGAACUCAUCCACACAGCCACCUUGACAACCUGUACUUUUCUACUCGCCAUCAUCUUCUGCCUGGGCUCUUAUGGCAACUUCAUCGUCUUCUUGUCCUUCUUUGAUCCAGCCUUCAGGAAAUUCAGAACCAACUUUGACUUCAUGAUUCUGAAUCUGUCCUUCUGUGACCUCUUUAUUUGUGGAGUGACGGCCCCCAUGUUCACCUUUGUAUUAUUCUUCAGUUCAGCCAGCAGCAUACCAGAUGCUUUCUGCUUCACCUUCCAUCUCACCAGUUCAGGCUUCAUCAUCAUGUCCCUCAAGACAGUGGCAGUGAUCGCCCUGCACCGGCUCCGCAUGGUGUUGGGGAAGCAGCCUAAUCGCACAGCCUCUCUCCCCUGCACCUUGCUCCUCACUCUGCUUCUCUGGGCCACAAGUUUCACCCUUGCCACCUUGGCCACCUUGAAAACCAGCAAGUCCCACCUCUGCCUUCCUAUGUCCAGUCUGAUUGCUGGAGAAGGGAAAGCCAUUCUGUCUCUCUAUGUGGUCGACUUUACCUUUUGUGUUGCUGUGGUCUCUGUCUCUUACAUCAUGAUUGCUCAGACCCUGAGGAAAAAUGCUCAAGUCAGAAAGUGCCCCCCAGUAAUCACAGUUGAUGCUUCCAGACCACAGCCUUUCAUGGGGGCCCCUGGGAAAGGGGGCGGAGAUCCAGUCCAAUGUACCAUGCCAGCUCUCUACAGGAACCAGAAUUACAACAAACUGCAGCACGUUCAGACGCAUGGCUACACCAAGAGUCCCAACCAGCUGCCAACCCCUGUAGCCACCCGGCUACAGCUCGUGUCCGCUGUCAACCUCUCCACAGCCAAGGAUUCCAAGGCGGUGGUCACCUGUGUGAUCAUUGUGCUGUCAGUGCUGGUUUGCUGUCUUCCACUGGGGAUCGCCUUGGUUCAGGUGGUCCUGUCCCGUCAUGGCAGCUUUAUCCUUUACCAGUUCGAACUGUUUGGGUUUACCCUCAUAUUUUUCAAGUCGGGGUUAAACCCUUUUAUAUAUUCGCGGAACAGUGCAGGGCUGCGAAGAAAAGUGCUCUGGUGUCUCCAAUACAUCGGCCUAGGUUUUUUCUGUUGCAAACAUAAGACUCGACUUCGUGCCAUGGGAAAAGGGAACCUGGAAGUCAACAGGAACAAAUCCUCCCAUCAUGAAACAAACUCUGCCUACAUGCUGUCGCCCAAGCCCCAGAAGAAAUUUGUAGACCAGGCUUGUGGCCCAAGUCAUUCCAAGGAAAGUGUGGUAAGUCCCAAAAUCUCUGCCGGACACCAGCACUAUGGUCAGAGCAGCUCGACCCCCAUCAACACGCGGAUUGAGCCUUAUUACAGCAUCUACAACAGCAGCCCUUCCCAGGAAGAGAGUAUCCCGCAUAACUUACAGCCAGUAAACUCUUUUGGGUUCGCCAACUCAUAUAUUGCCAUGCAUUAUCACACCACUAAUGACUUAAUGCAAGAAUACGACAGCACUUCCAUCAAGCAGAUUCCAGUUCCCUCUGUUUAGAGUCAUGGAGGCCAGAGAAUCUUGUGUAAAUUGUUUUAGUUUCUGAUACUAAUUGAUUUUUUUUUUAUUUUUUACUUUUGUGAGACCAGUGGUAGAUCAACACUUAAAAGUUCAGCUAAACAGUUGGCAGCUAAUACUUUCUUUUGUCUGAAGUGUUCACAUCUGUUGAUUUGCUUUGUGGUUUCUUGACAUUUUAAGGUUUGAUGUAAAAGUUUAUGGUUUAGAUUUACCUUGACCUAUGCUUCAAUCUUUUGUACUGAAACUUUCUAUAGAUACCAGUAAUGCUUAUGCUGCUGUGUUCGAGAACUAACUGAUCAUGACAUGUGAAUCAGGGUCAGGGGGUCUUCAAGUUCUUAUGAGAUGGAUUUUGUACAGAAAGUAAAGAUAGGAUUUUCACUGAAGUAUUACUUUUGUAAUGUUGAAUUACAAAGUUUCAUUCCUUCAAGUAUUGAAAUGGGGAACAGUUCACUUUUUUUGUAGCAUGUUUAUUUGAAUAAAUACUAUGCUGUUAAAGCAGAAAAUCAGAAAUAUGUUACCAAUAACAAUCCUUACCAAAAAGAUAGAUACUAGGUACUUUCUUUUAAUAAGCCAGUAAACCACGAACAUGGUAUUACGCUAUUACUAUUUCUUAUUAUAGAAAUUAAUUUGUCAGAUGAGGAGUUCUUUAUUUUAAAAAGAUGUUUUUGUUUGCCAAAAAUAAGUUAUUGUAUUUUGGAAUGAUCUUACCUGCGGGUGCCAGUGAAGAGAGCAAGGUCAGCAGUAAGGGAUUAGAUGCAGUCUCAGCUGGGGUGUUGUGCUGGGAGAAGCAAUGUUGACUGUUGUUUUAUGUUAAAUGAUCUCUACUAUUGUUCAUGAAGGCAUAAGGAUGUGCUUGACAGUAUUUUGAUUUAUAUUUUCCUUCUGUGUGUCAAGGCUUUGUUAAUCUGACAGAGUAUCCAAAUACUUAACCUAGAAAUAUUUUUUGUCUUUAUUUAUUACUAUGACAGAAAAAGUCCUAAAGUGAUCCAUUUGCAACGUCAAUGUAUUCUUUUUCUCGUAUUCUGAAACUGGAAAUGGAUAGUAAGGAAAACCAUUAUUUCUAUAGCUAAGCCUAAUUUUAUUAUAUAUUCUGUGGUUCCUAGCAUAAGAACUGUAAAGUCAUAUUUUUAUGGCAAAAUAUUUCUAUUAUAUAGUUAACAUUUGAACUUGCUACCACUGGAAGCAACUAUAACUACUUGGCGCAAGAUGAGCAUUUAAAAUACAAAAUUUAUCUUUAUAAACUGUUGUAUUCUAGAAUUCCUAAUGCAGAUUAGAAGGCAGCUUUUCUCUUUGAUGAAAGGCAUUCAAUUUAUAGCACCCUUCCCCUGGCUGUUCCCAAAUACAGAGGUCAUGAGAGGCAAGGAGAAGACAGAAUAGCUGCUCAGCUAGGACCUAGCUAAGCUUCGCCUGACAAUUCUUACCUUCCAGUAUCAGCCAGUCAUUUGUGAGAUCUAAGAAUAAGGUAUGAUUUUUUGGUUUGUUUUUAAAUUCACCUUGUGGGCACUCUUCCCUUCCUUUUCUCCUUGACUUCCUUUAUUUUUGCUAUUAAAUUUUAUAACAGAAAAUAUCCACUCACUUUUUUUUUGUAACUGAAUGCUAUUUUUAGAAGUCAUUAUAAUCUACUUCAAUCGUGCUUUUAUAUUUUUAAUACAGCAUUUCUCAUUUAUUAGUAUUCCCAUGAGGUAGGUUAAUAUAUUACCUCUUUUUAACAAAAAAUAAAAAAUCUAAACUCCUCUCCCAUAAUCAUUUGAAGAAUUGUGGCAAAUUAGAAAUUAGACUUUGUUUAAGUCCAAAUCCUAACAUUCUAAUAAGACACAUGACUUUACUAUUAACAUUAAUCAGGAAGCUAUUUCAUAUUUUGUAGGUAUGUGUCUAUUUUUUGGCCAGGAAUUUCAAAUGUGAUUAAAUAAAAAUAUUUUUAAAAGUAAUUUCUACUUGAAAAUUAAAAAUGACAAAUUUCCUGUAUGACUCAUCUUUGGGAGGUAAAAAUUAUAGAUAAAGAAAACUUGGCAUGUGCAUCUGAGGUAUUCAGUAUUUUUAUGCUCAUUAAGUAAUCAUUGAUUUAACAUGCAUGAAAUACAUUAUAGGCUAGAUUCUUAGCCGGCCUCCAAAUCUUUAUCUAUAUCUACAGACAUAGAUAACUUCUAUCUUCAUAAGGGCUAAAAUGAGAACUAAAAGUAAGGAGAAUUCAUUGAAUAUGACUAAUUAGCAGGGUACAUUAAUCAGUUCUCUUGAUGCUUUUCUGUGAUGCAAAGUAUGUGAUGUAUUUAAAUCAUUUUAUAAUUGUUCUGAUGUUAACCAUUAGGUAAGAUUUGUA